AUGGCCUUCCCACCCACAAAAGUCCCCACCCGCAUCAUGAUCAUCUCCGACACCCACAACUACCAAUUUGGCACACCUCCCAUCCCGCUCCCCCUCUCACUCUCCAACAUCCCACCCAACAUAGACGUGCUCCUCCACUGCGGCGAUCUCACCGAGCGAGGCGCACUAUCCGAAUACCGCGGCGCUUUACUAAUGCUGCAACAAAUCCCAGCGAAAUUAAAACUCGUGAUUGGGGGGAACCACGAUCGAACACUGGACUUGGCAUGGGUAAAACGCAAUUUGGGAUUUCCAUACACUACCGAGGAAGAAGAGGAAGAUUUAGGAGAAUGGAGAGAGGCAAAUAAUAUUAUGAGGGGAGAAAUGGCUAGGGAGGCUGGAGUUACUUAUUUGGAAGAGGGAGUUUAUGAUUUUAAUUUGCAGAAUGGUGCUGCGUUGCGCGUUUAUGCAAGUCCUUAUACGCCCGAAUAUUGUAGAUUUGGAUGGGCGUAUGAACGAGACGAGGAUAGAUUUAACGGGGCUGAAGAACGGGAUGUGGGGAUGAAAGGUGUGGAUGGUUCUGUGCGUAUAACGAGUUUUGCAGAGGAUGAAGACGGGAGACAUAUCGAUAUAGUGAUGACGCAUGGGCCUCCAAUGAAUAUAUUGGAUAAAUGUGAUGGGUAUGCCCAACGACAUGUUGGAUGCAGUAGUUUACUUAGGGCGCUAGGAAGAGCAAGACCGAGGUUAUUUUGCUGCGGGCACAUUCACGAAGCGCACGGAGCGGGAGUUGCGAGGUGGGGAAUAGAGGGCGUUGAGGAGAUGAGGAAGGUCGAGUGUCAGUGGCCGAGUUUGAACCGUGAAAUUAUUGAAGAGGGGAAGGAGACCCUGAUGGUUAACGCAAGCAUAAUGGAUGUGAAAAAUAGACCGGUUAAUAAACCUUGGUAUGUCGAACUUGAUCUACCUAAGGCGAUAGCGGCGGAGGUUGGGCGGUAA